AAGUUGCAAAAAUAGAGCCUGAAAGUGAUGAGGAAACUAUAAUAGAUUAUUUUGCUCCCAAUAUUAAAAAUGAAGAUGAAGAAGAAUUCAAACAUAUUGAUAAUCUUGACAAUAGCUUUGGUCCUAAAAUAUCAACAAUAAUAUUGGUUACCUGA